ACUUGGUGGGCAUGUAUCAUACUUUAGAUGUGGCAGGAUAGAGGCGAGUAUUUAACGCGAACUUUUCAGGCCGCCAUAGGGCAAAAAAGGGUUGUUGCUCAAGCACCGCCCGAUGCACCUUACUCAGCAACAAAAGAAAUAGAAAUAUUAAUUUGCACUUUGGCAUCCAUUGAAGGUGAAGUAACUAUUGCAUGACGCAAAAGCAUGCUGCACCAGGAGAAAUCGCCUAGCCAGAAGGACAUGGCAAAUGCUGCGGCAUCCAAGAUGCGGCUGGUGAACCAGGAGGUGCUGAAAGAGAAAGGGGCCACCCUCGUUGCUUUUCAAGACGUGUGGAAAAAGAGUCACGAACUGCAGGGUUCUAUGGAGAAAGGGAGUCCAAAACUGCUGACGGCCACGAUGGUUUUCCACGAGGAACGGGAUGCUGCAUCGCAAGCCGUUGUAGAAACGACCGCGUCUGCCAUGAAGGCAGGAGAGUUGCUUGCUGAGGUCUUGGGUUCCUCUAACGUGGAGAUGGCUAUAAAUUGUCACGUAAACAUGCAGCUUCAGAUUCUUACCGAAAUCUCUAUUCCUUACCUCUCGCAAGUUCCAUUUGAUAAUACAUCAUGAUUGUGGUUCAAAUCAGGUAGAAUUCACCGAUUUAUGGCAAUGAUGUGCAGGAGGAACUUGAGCAUGAGAGUGGGCGUGGCACCCAGCAUAGUGAGGAAGUGCGGGACCAGAUUAGCGAAGAACUUGAAUUCGCCAUUUCUACCUGGAAACAGGCAAUCAAUGGAGAUGUUACAAAAGAUAGAGCAAUUAUGGAGGGGUUUGGUAAUGAAAACCUGAGCCAAUUAGCGGGUUUAUCGAUCCCAACGGAUUAAGAACGCUACACCUUGAAGACGGAAGAGAAACUUAGUCUCAUGACAACUGUUGAACAACUGCACGGCUCAAAUAACAGCCACAAUGUCGAGAAGGGACGAUUUGGGAACCAGAAGAACGAGCGAGUAGAGAAGGAUUGGACUGACAACAUGGAAAAGCUGAACCAGGUUCUAUUCCUUCACUGCUCCGGUUCAAAAACAAUAUAUAUAGAAAAUUUAGUAAUAGUCUUAACAAGGGAUGCAUAUUUAAUUAUCUAACACUUAUGAACCGUUCAGUUCAGUCAUCAUGUUCACUAGUCUUAUCCACUGUACCCAAACGAUUCCUGAUCUGUUAUGAUCAAGCUUUAUAAGAGAUGUGUUCGUUUUAGUAGCUUAAAAAUACAAUAGUUAAAAUAAGAGGCCUGAUUAACGAAAUCACUCCGGGUUAUUCGGAAUGUGGAAGAACGAGUGAAUGAAACUUUCUCAAAGCAUACCGACUUGCGUAAAAGAUUGAAGUGGUUUGAGGGUAAUCAGACCAACUCUAUUAAUUCCGUUGGAGAAGUUCGGUCAAGUACUUGUUCCCUUGAGAAAACGAUCAACAUUUUCCUUCCUCAAAAUGAUGCUGCAGCACGAUUUGAAAACGAUACAUCCUUCAAAAUGAAGAAUCUGGAGGAGAAAAUCGAGGGGUUGAGUCGGGACAACGUAUAUCCGCAACCAGUCAGUCUGGCAGCUGAGGUCAAAGUUGAAAGCAUGGAAAUUCUGGCUGUGUCAACUACAGGUUCACAAGAUCUAGAAAGAGAUCUCAAAGGACAUGAAGAUCGUGUUGAGGAUAUCGCGUGUAGCUGCUUUCAGUCAAUUGCUGAGGUGGAAACUCGCAUUGCGGUGGUGGAAUGCACAUUGAGUGAUAUUCAGCAUGACGAACAAUCGCAGAAAGCAGAAUUGGGGAUGUUGGCAGGAAGUGUUGACGUGCUGCAGAGGAAAAUGCUUAACUUGGAGCAGAUAGGUGCUUUGAGCGCAGACCGGGUGCCAGCUAUUAGUGUUCUUAUAGGUGGGCUGGAAAGUCGCAUUGAGCACGUAGCAUCAGCAACGUUGAAUAAUCUACAGCUACUGGGCAACAAGGUGGAGCAUGUCUUGAUUGGCGUACAAUCAGCCCUUGAGGGUGCAUUAUUAGCAGAGAACAAAUGCGGAGCACUAGGAGCUGAACUUGUGAAAGUUUUUCGCAUACUAACAGCGGCCAAAGCUUCAAACAAUUCUGGCGUCGGUAAAAGAAAAGACGCUGGAGCUGCCUGUAAACCACAGCAGAGCUCAACCCCGGGGACGAAGUCAUUCGCCCCGAUCAAGUAGCGCAACGCAGAGACUAAAGAGCCGUAGUCAAUCACCUCCACCAAGGCUAAGUAGGAGACCUACAUGGAAUACCGGAAGAGGUACGAUUUCAACCCAACCUAAGGCUGAAACGAGGGUGAAAUGGAGUGUUGUGAGAAGAAGGUGCAAUUUGUAGGAAGGUGAGAACCAGGGUUUUAAUCUUCAAAAGGUGGGAACUAAGGAGCGAUCCCGAAUCAAAGAACCGUUUCUUAAAGAUCCACAAGACAGCUCUAAUAAACGCAAGAACCCCUAAAUGACGAUGCUUGGCGGAGGUGUUCACGAAAAUCCAUACCGUAGAGAGAUGACCAAUUUUCAGAAUACGGACUCACUGUGGUGGACAAGCCACGAGCAGGUCCGUAUGUGGCAGUGCAUCGGUGCUUUGUUCCGGCAAGCCCACCUUCUCAAGAGAUAGAUAGCUCCCUGAUCUAGGAUUUUGUGUACGGCCAGACUAUUCAGCAGGUUGACGAUGGCAUUGCCGAGCUGCUCAGAGGAGAAGUCAAAACACCGACUCCUUAAAAUUCUGCAUGACUUUCUGGAAAAUCGCAUGAUACUUCUGUGUUCAUCCAAACACAUGAGAAGUUGAGAACAAGGAAAGACCUCAAGGAAUCAUUUUUUGUCUGGUUUUAGAGGCAAUGCAAGCACCGAAGAUUACAUUGUGCAGAAUGAAGUCAUGAGCUUUUUAUCUGGUCUCAAUUUAUUGUACUUGAAGAUCUAUUGGUACAUUCCAAAAUAAUCCAAAUGUCAUAUUACUUCAGUUAAUUUAUUUCAAUUAAUAAAUUCC